CACUUCCUCGCUGCUGCAACAACAACAACGCGAUAUCAUCGUCGCCCUGACCCACGCUGCGGAGCGCUACGACACCCAGUCAUCUCACUCUCCCGACCUCCUCACUCGCACGCUCGAUAGUGCGCUCCGCCGCAACACGCUGCACCAACUCGCCCGCAACAUCCCCGACGAGGCUGCGGCACACCCACCAUGGCCGCCCGGAAGCUUGCCCAAGAGGUCGAUCGAUGCUUCAAGAAAGUCGCAGAAGGAGUCACCGCCUUCGAGGGCGUAUACGACAAGCUUCAACAAUCGACGAAUCCCGCGCAGAAGGAGAAGCUCGAGGAUGCGCUAAAGAAGGAGAUAAAGAAGCUUCAGCGGUCGCGCGACCAGAUCAAGGCCUGGGCUGCGAGCAAUGAGAUCAAGGACAAGAAGCCUUUGCUGGACCAGCGCAAGCUGAUCGAGACACAAAUGGAGAAGUUCAAGGCUGUCGAGAAGGAAAUGAAGACCAAGGCAUACUCGAAAGAAGGUCUGUCAGCGGCAUCCAAGCUAGAUCCAAAGGAAAAGGAGAAGCUCGAAGUGUGCCAAUUCCUUUCCGACAUGGUCGACGAGCUCGAGCGACAGAUUGAAACGACAGAAGCGGAAACGGCGUCACUGCAGGCAAACAUGAAGAAGAGCAGGAAAGACACGUCCAAAGCGGAAAGGAUAGCCGAGCUUGAGCGGACAGUCGAGAGGCAUCAGUGGCACAUUGGCAAGCUGGAGCUGUUACGGCGGUCAUUGGAGAAUGACGGAAUCGAGCUGGAGCAAGUCAAAGAGCUGGACGACAGCAUCAGAUACUACGUCGAAAAUAAUCAAGAGGUUGACUUCAUGGAGGACGAUUCAAUCUACGACGAUCUGAAUCUGCAAGAGGGCGAGGAUCUGUACGGAAUGACGGCCGAGGCGGACCGGGUGUCUUCCCAGGACACACAAUCAAUACAGGACGACACGCCCGACGAGGGUUUCAGGAAUCCGGCGCCCCCAUUGGGAAAGACGAAAUCGUCGCAAGAGACAACGACUGCAACCACGAGGAGGCCAUCGACCCAGCUCAAGUCGCCGCUGCCGACGUUAUCGACGCUACAUACACCUGCACCUCAUACAACGAAUGGCGUGCCCGCAACCAACAUGAAGCCGGCGCCCCUGCCCGCUCAAGGCGCACCGCUCAAGUACGCGUCAGCAGCUGCCGCAGCUGCCGCAAGCGACAAGAACAGCGUGGGGAUUGCACCAUUACCUCCCCCGCCAGGCGCCGCACAGCACCUGUCGUCCCGUCCAAGUGCAGCGAAUUCUCCAGCAACCAAUCACUCGCAACCUGCUGCAGCCACUCCGGCCCAACGUCCGGCUGUUCCGAAUGCGCCUAGCCACGACGGUACCUCCAGUGCCGUCUCCGCAAAGUCACCCGCUCCGAGCCAUUCUAGCGUCGCCGCACCAAGCACUGACGCGAGUAGCAUCCCGCCGACACCAGCGACGGAACAUGUGGAAGCUAAGAAGGCAAGUGCAAAGGAAGCAAAGGCAGCUAAGCAGGUUGAAACUAAGGAGGAGCCGUUGACAAACGGCAAUGGCAACAAGCACCCUGAGCCCCAGGAAGAGGAAUCGGUCUAUCACCUUCCGUCGAGUCUCCAGGAUCUCCUCGAAUCUUUCGAAGCGACGAAAGAGGAUACUCUCAACAGCCCAGAACAUCGCGAAAUGCUCGCCAUCUCGCAUGCCUCGCACCCUGAGUCCGUUGAUGCCGACAAGCCUCGCCACUACAAGCCGCAGAACCCCUACCCUUACACGCCGUCGCACUACCCGCAGGAGCCGCUCUCCAUAUUUGAUGACCCUAGGCUUUAUUCUCGCGUCGACACUGAUUCCCUGUUCUACGCAUUCUACUACCGUCAAGGAACGUACGAGCAGUACCUCGCAGCGAAGGCGCUCAAGAGCCAGAGUUGGCGCUUCCACAAGCAGUACCAGACCUGGUUCCAGCGACACGAGGAGCCCAAGUCCAUCACUGAGGACUACGAACAGGGAACGUACCGGUUCUUCGACUACGAGAGCACUUGGAUGAACCGCAGAAAGGCGGACUUCAAGUUUGCCUACAAGUUCCUCGAAGACGAGCUCUGAAUGAGUCGUGCCUCUUCCUGUCUUCGGACAAUUUCAACAUAUCGUGGGUAGCAUGCUUGUAGGAUGGUCCCGGCGAGGAAUCCGAUAGUGUUACGACGAUUAUGCGAAUGCAAUCUUCCCGUUGCGGCUCUGUCCAGACGGGUAAAGAUAUCCAACUACCUUCUGCAAGUCUGCAUGAUGUACCCAGUACCGCUUCAAUCACUCGACUGCUGACUUUUGUCAAUGUGGCUUCGUGAAGCUCUGAUUUUCUUUUCGUCUGCUUCUGUUUAUGGGAGCUUUGCGUAUACAUAUUAACUAGGCAGGCUUGCCAAUGAUGUAUGGAGUCGUGAGGUCAAAGGCGGACUCUAUUUUCUUCGUUAUGUUAUCUGCGUAGCAGCCUACGUAUUGUCUUCAACAUUGCGCAGAAAGAAGAUAAAUGGGGAAUGCUU